AUGGGAAGCAGCCCCGCCACACAGCCAGCGCGCGACAGCAGCAUCGAAGGCUUUGGCGUGGCCUACGUGGGACAUGUGUUCGUGGAAAACGGCGUGGAGUUCCAGUUCAAGGUACAGCCUCCUUCCAACACGGGCGCUCCAGGACAGGUUGUGAGGCGCAGCUAUCAAGAUCUGGGCUCCCUAUCUGCAGCGAUGUCCUCGCGCUACCACCAAGCGCCCUCCUGUCCACGCGCGCCCUUCUUCGCCUUGGACAGUGCCGUGGGAGACCAGGGUCGCGCAAUCGAGACCUACCUCCGCUCCCUCCUGAUCCUGGAGCCAUGGCCGCGGACCAAUGCACUCCGACGCUUCCUGUCCGUUGCGAUGCCUCCCGGACCCGCCCAAGCCGGGAGCGUAGGCCCGGCCCUGCUGCAUGGGGCCAUCCGCGUCCCCGUCAGCUGCAUCGCGAUCGCGCUGAGCUUCUCGGAGCCCUUGGCCGUGAUACGCUGCUGCGCCAAGGUGUGCAAGUCCUUCCAGGCAGCAUCCCUGGACCCCCGGUGUUGGCCAAGGCUGCAAUUCCGAACCUACUGUGCUGAGAAGUCCAUUGACAGCCUCUGCACGCUACUGUUGCGUGCAUGUGGUGGGCUGGAAGCCUUAACCCUGGACCUCACUUUCCAACAGGAGAACUUGGGGGUUGCCCUGCCUGCGGGGCUACUUCUGCCACGUCUUCGCCGCCUCGACCUGAGGCUUGGCGACUCGGAGUCUGCGUCGUUUGCCUGCGAGUUGCUGGGCUGCGUCGAAUCCCCGGUCCUUCGCCAGGCCUCCCUGUCGGCGGUCUUCACACCGUCAUUGUUGCAGGCGCUCUGCAUGACGGCCAUUGCCGCCGAGGGGAAGCUGACGGAGCUGUCGCUUGUGAGCUCACCUUGCAGCCGACGGCCGCACGGCGCCGAGCUAGAUGCGAGCACCGUGCUCGGAAUCCAGGACCUAGUCGAAGCUGUGCCCUUUGUGCAAGACCUGGCCAUUUCCAUCGACGAGUCCCGUCGUGGCUGCAGCCGGUUCAUGGAAGGCUUCCUCCCGCCUUUGGUGGAGAUUCCGGGUCAGCAGCCGCUGCUUGCAAACCUGAUGGCGCUCCAAUCGCUGCAGAGCCUGCACUUCGACUUCCUGUCGGACGACGUGAUCGCAUCUUUGUCCACGGACGAACGCGUCUUCCGCGUCCGCUCAGCGCGCUUCUCGGGAUGCAAGCGGUGCUUAGACGACCCGGACCAGGCCCUGGUGAGCCUCUUGGGGAAGAUGGGCCCGGAGCUGCGGGAGUUUGCGUUUCGGGUCGACCUGGAGUUCGGGAUGCGCGCCUUCACCCGAGGUCUCCUACAUCAGCGCCUCGCUGGUCUUCCAGCCGUCUGGUCUGGCCGUGAGGAGCUCCGAAGCCUAGAGCUGAAUUGGAAUGCUUUCGAUGAUGAGGGCAUCGCCUCGAUUGUGGAGGGCUGCCCCCAGCUCGAAGUGCUGCUACUCGACCGGGCGGAAUACUGGUCGGAUCUUGCUGUGAUGCAUUUGGUGGAGGGAUUGCCUUCCCUUCACAGGCUUCGAGUUCGGUCUUCCGUGCUGCUGUCCGACCGGGCGCUGGAGGUGCUGCAGCAGUCGACACAGCAGUUCAGGCUCCUUGAGAUUGAGCCUUCCGCCACCAUGUCCAGCUACAUGCUCGACCUGCUGCGGGAGAAGCUGUCUCAGGGAGCUCCCGGAAGUUUCCCCGAGAUCUUCCCCAGCUCCCUCACGGCGAUGCUGCUUUUAGGGGAUUUUCGCCCGGAGGUGGCUGCAGGCGCUGGGUCCCAGGGUCAGCCCACGGAGCUUAGGAUCCUCAGACCGGAGCAUGAAGAGGAGGAGGACUCCUCCAACCUCUCCGCCUACGCUGGCGCCUCGCGGUCCUGGUUUGGCAGAAGAGAUGCCAAGUUGUACAUAGGGCGAGACUAG